CAGGUGAGAGAGAGAGAGAGAGAGAGAGAACGAGAGAGGGGAGAAGAGAAAAGAGGGAGGGAUAGUUUUUUGCACUUCAACACAGACGGUGUGGGAGGACGACGCACUUGGAGCUUCAGAAAAGCCGCUGUUGUUCACACGCUGUGCUCUUUUCCUCCCCCUAGCACCGUGCGCGCUCGCCAAGCCGCACUGUUUGGAGAUAGUCCGCGCGGAAAGUUUUUGGAGCAUAAAGUCUGGAGCCGAUCAAUUAAUGUUUUUAUUUAUUUUUUUCGGUGAGGCGGAUGAAUGACUUACUUUUUUGAGACUGGAGACUUUUAAUUCGAGUUGGGGAAUUGUCUUGAGUCGUUUUUGUUUUUUUGCACAGAAUGGAAGGUAAAUUGACAAGUCGUUUGUGGCGAGGAUCACCGUGUGGAUCUUUCCGCAGGUAAAACGCGCCGUGGCGUGAGCGUGUGAUCGGCUGGAAUUAAUUGUCUUAACAUUUUUACACGUUUUUUUUCUUCUUCUUCUUGUGGUAUAGUUUAGCUGGAUUCUGGGACAAUUUUCCACUUGGACAGACAAGUUUCAUGCUGCUUUUAAUUAGAAGCGAAUCAACAGUUAGGUUUCCGCCAGUGGCGCUUUGGGUUGCCGUAGGUGGUUGUAUUUGUUAAUAGGUACCGCAAAGUCACGCACUGAAUCGUGAAAGGAAAGGACUAUUUCCACACACUGUCACUAGAUACUUUAUCCAUCCCGCUGCUUACUACCAGACUUUAAGCUGUUAAGCGCACGGAGCGCUUGCACUGAUUUUUUUUUUUUUUUUCGAGGUGUGCGUCAAACACUAAACCUGAAGAACUCUCAGCUUUGACUCCCUGAGUUGCACUUUGUUCAUCCCAACCAGGCAUUUUCCAAGAGAUACCGGGGUAAACGAAAAAAAGAAACUACGGUACUUGCCUUGAGUGCAGCGGAAAAGGAAAUCUUAAAUCCACCUGGCCUGCACUGUGAUUAUUGGUUUGAUAUCGUCUGCAGAGAGUGGAUUACGACUUCUAACGGGCUGUGCUCCCCGAUCACUGGCAGUAUGAACCUGGGGCUAGGCUGUGUGCGUCGGCCGAUUUGCUGGCCCUUUGGCAGCGUGUUGGACUCCAGACACUGUGUCUUUGCCCUCACACUCCUCACUCUCCUCAUGCAGGUGGUGGUGGAGGCCAACUCAUGGUGGUCUCUGGCCAUGAACCCUUUACUAAUCCCAGAGGCCUACAUCAUCGGCGCCCAGCCUCUGUGCAGCCAGCUGGUGGGCCUGUCACAGGGCCAGAAGAAACUGUGCCAGCUCUACCAGGACCACAUGCAGUACAUUGGUGAAGGUGCCAAGACAGGCAUCAGAGAGUGCCAGUACCAGUUCAGACAUCGGCGCUGGAACUGCAGCACGGUGGACAACUCCUCCGUUUUUGGACGGGUCAUGCAAAUAGGCAGUCGAGAAACGGCAUUCACGUAUGCCAUAAGUGCCGCCGGAGUGGUGAACGCUGUGAGCCGGGCCUGCAGAGAGGGUGAGCUUUCCAGCUGUGGGUGCAGUCGUGCUGCUCGCCCCAAAGAUCUUCCCCGAGACUGGCUUUGGGGCGGCUGCGGAGACAACCUCAACUAUGGCUAUAGGUUCUCCAGGGAGUUCGUGGAUGCCCGUGAGAGGGAGAAGAGCUUUCCCAAAGGCUCACACGAGAAUGCACGGCUGUUGAUGAAUCUUCACAAUAAUGAGGCAGGACGGAGGAUUGUGUCAGACCUUGCCCACGUGUCCUGCAAGUGCCACGGAGUAUCAGGUUCCUGCAGCCUGAAGACCUGCUGGCUGCAGCUGGCCGACUUCCGCAAGGUGGGCGACGCACUGAAGGAAAAGUAUGACAGUGCCGUAGCCAUGAAACUCAACUCAAGAGGAAAGCUGGUGCAGAUGCACAGUAGGUUCAACCCUCCCACGAACCAUGACCUGGUGUACAUCGAGCAAAGUCCAGACUACUGCUUGAAGAACCAAAGCACAGGCUCUUUGGGCACAGUGGGGCGGCUUUGCAACAAGACCUCAGAGGGCAUGGAUGGGUGUGAGCUGAUGUGCUGCGGCAGAGGUUAUGACCAGUACAAGGCCCAAAUAGUGGAGCGGUGCCACUGCAAGUUCCACUGGUGCUGCUACGUCAAGUGCAAGCGCUGCACCAAAGUCGUAGACCAAUUUGUCUGCAAGUGAGAAGAAGAGUGUUGCCUGUGUGUAUUUGCUUGCAGAUAAUGGGCAUAAAUCUGUGUGUAUUCAUGAGCAGAGGAGCUGAACACAGAGAGAAUGGAAGAAAGAAACUAUAUAAAUUAUAUUUAUAGAGUUAAACAAUUAUGCCAUUGCAAAAAGACUUAAAAAAAUCAUAUGUCCUCAGAAACUGAGAGUAUUGUGAAAUAUUUAUUUUCAGAUUGUAAUGUUUUAUUUUGGCCCGGUCAUCAGCAGAAAACUUUUAAAUCUGGCUGGAAAUUUUAUACCAUGGUUCCUUUUAACUGUUUUUUUGUUUUUGUUUUUUUAAACCACAGAAAAGGCCAUUUUUCUUGUCUCUGUAGAGGAAAUGGGUCACAACGUUUUAAAAAUUGGACUGUGCUGUUCAUUUUCAUAGAUGAGUAAGGUUUAAUUUUUGUGGCAUAAUUGACAAAAGGUCCUAUUUUGUUGUUUGGAGAGAGAGACUAUUAAGAGGAGAACGUGUGCUGUAGUCUAUGGAUGUGUUUUUCAAGGGCCUAUUCCCAGACCAGCCUUCACAUCGUUACUGAAGUCUGCUUGUCCCCCUUCACCACAUGUACAGUAAGGAACACUGUCGGUUUGUACGAGUCCUUGGAGUACAAUGGGCACAAGAAGAGGGCUAUUUUGGGGAUUGGGCCAUUUUUACUAAGCUGUCCCAGAUGCCUUAGAGUUCCCCAGGUGCUGCAACAAGCCCUCCAUCAUUAUGCACUUUGAUACAGAGGCUUAAACAUGUCUGUAUGUGUCUGUUCAGCUGUUAUCGUUAUAUCAAUAUUAUAGCCUACAAUUUUUCCAUAUUACUUCAAAUUAUCCAUUUAACAUUAUUCUACAAUACUUAACACGGUUUAAAUAUAUAUGGGCAAUGUUGUGGUACAGUGGAGAAAUAUUCCACACUGUGUAUAUAGUACGUCUAUCCAACAAACCAAUCAGUAAACUGUAUUUAUUUUCCUAAAACAGAUCCUCGUUUUAGCUUUCAGCAGAAAAGCAUCAUCUUCAUAAUAGACUAAUAAUUAGGCAGGCAUCCCAAAGUUCUUGGGUCACUUUUUAAACUGUAAUUCUCACUAAUGCGGCUCCUCACUGUUUUUGCAAAAGGGAAAUGCACCUUAUCGUCGUGGAACCAAUUCAUACUCAUGCUUAGCUUUACUCUUACACACAUUGUAUCACAGGUGUUCAGGUUACGAUGCUGCCACAGAUUUCCAGUACCACUCAGUUAACUUCUCACUAUCCCUGUGAUGAUUCUCGCUAGACAAACUAUUUCUACCAAUCCAACUAUGUAUAUUUAUAAGCUUCUCUAUGAAUUUGAGGUUUGUUAAACUUAAUGUGCUAUAGCAAAUAUUUUGUUAUUUUUUACAAAUUGGCUCAAUGCUCUACUUUGUUUCAAUAAAU